UCCUUUGCUACUGGGCCCAGACAAAAUAACAGCAUUUUCUAUGAAAUUCGCACAUACGACAUUAAGCCAUCGAAGAUGAAGGAGUUUGUGGAAAUGGUCAACAAGUAUCUUCACCUUCGCACAGCUCACUCGGAGCUGGUGGGAUUCUGGUCUGCAGAGCUGGGAGCGAUGAAUAAAGUGGUCCAUGUUUGGAAGUAUGAUAGUUUUGCCCACAGAACAGCAGUUCGGCAUGCACUAGCCAAUGACAAGGAGUGGCAGGGGAGAGCUUGACUCUUCUCCUCAAUUCUCCCCACGGUAGAGAAGCAGCACAAUGAAGUUGCUUAUCUGGUACCCUGGUGUCAACUUGGGAAGCCUCCAAAAGAAGGGGGAGUAUAUGAAUGGGUUACUUUCCAGAUGAAGCCUGGUGGGCCAACAUUGUGGGGUGAAGCAUUUCAAGCUGCAAUCAAUGCUCACAUCAACACAGGCUACACCAAGCUGAUCGGUGUUUUCCACACAGAGUAUGGAUUACUUAACACAGUCCAUGUGAUCUGGUGGAAUGAGAGCCAAGAUCACCGGGCAGCAGGAAGGCACAGGGCCCAUGAGGAUGCCCGAGUGGUAGCAGCUGUGCGGGACAGUGUCAGAUUCUUGGAGUCCCAGGAAAAUAUGCUACUGAUUCCUCUUCAGUGCUCACCGCUGAAGUAA